CUUACUUAAAACCUUCUAAUUCUUCUCAGAUAAAAGAGCAAAAAGAAAUGGCUUUCCAUAACCUUCUAUUUGCUUUUUGCUUCUUUUCUUGUGUUCCUUCUCUUUUUCUUGCACAACCUUUUAAAGCUGUGAAUUUGGGAAAUUGGCUUGUCACAGAAGGCUGGAUGAAACCUUCACUAUUUGAUGGCAUCCCCAACAAAGAUCUUUUGGAUGGAACUCAAGUGCAGUUCAAGUCCACAAAGCUGCAAAUGUUUCUUUCCUCAGAAAAGGGAGGCGGAACCAUUCUUGUAGCCAACCGCUCUGCCUCUGGCUGGGAAACUUUCAGAUUGUGGAGGAUCAAUGAGAGAUUUUUCAAUUUGAGAGUGUUUAACUAGCAGUUUGUGGGACUGGAGAGUCAAGGAAACAAAAUAGUAGCAGUUUCUUCCGUAGCGGGAAAGCUAGAAACAUUUCAGAUUAUAAGGAAAAAUGAUGAUCCUAAUCGAGCUCGCCUUCAAGCGUCAAAUGGCCAAUUCCUUCAGGCACAGUCAGAGACACUAGUGACAGCAGAUUAUGGAGGUACUGGUUGGGAAGACAACAAUCCAUCAGUUUUUCUAAUGACAAUUGUCUAUACCUUACGCGGCGAAUAUCAAAUUACAAAUGGUUAUGGUCCUGACAAAGCUCCUCAGGUAUUGCAGGAUCAUUGGAACUCCUACAUUACUGAAGAGGACUUCAGAUUCAUGUCAACCAAUGGCCUUAAUGCUGUUAGAGUUCCUGUCGGAUGGUGGAUAGCUAGUGAUCCUCCACCUAAGCCUUUUGUGGCUGGCUCCUUGAAAGCCUUAGACAAUGCUUUUACAUGGGCAGGGAAAUAUGGAAUUAAAGUAAUAGUUGAUCUACAUGCAAUUCAAGGUUCACAAAAUGGCAAUGACCAUAGCGCAGCAAGAGAUGGAUAUCAGGAAUGGGGGGAUUCUAAUAUUCAGGACACUGUUGCUGUCAUAGACUUCCUUGCUGCAAGAUAUAAAGACAAUCCAAGUCUUGCAGCAAUUGAGUUGAUGAAUGAACCGUUGGCGCCGGCAGUUGGUCUAGACACUCUUAAGAAGUAUUAUAAAGCAGGUUAUGAUGCAGUAAGGAAGCACACUCAAUGUGCAUAUGUGAUCCUUUCAAAUAGAAUAGGACCUGCUGAUCCAAAGGAAUUGCUCUCUUUCGCAAGCACCCUUAAUCGCGUAGUGAUCGAUGUGCAUUACUACAAUCUAUUUUCAGAUAUGUUCUCCAAGUUGAAUGCACAACAGCACAUCGAUUAUAUCUAUAAUCAACGGUCUAGUGAUCUUAGCGUUGUGACUUCUGCAAAUGGUCCUCUCAGUUUUGUUGGUGAAUGGACUGGAGAAUGGGCAUUACAAGGAGCAUCCAUGCAAGAUUACCAAAAUUUUGCUAAAGCCCAACAACAAGUUUAUGGGCGUGCAACUUUUGGAUGGGCUUAUUGGGCUUAUAAGUGUGCGAAGAAUCACUGGAGCCUCAAGUGGAUGAUUGAGAACAACUAUAUUAAGCUUAAUUAGAUUUCCACCAUGCUUGCUUUGUUUAAUACCAAUAAAUUUUAUUGGCCUUUUCUUUUAUUUUUCGCUUUUAAUAAACUCAGAUGUCUUUUUCUG